GGGAUGGCGAGCAGCUGUGAGGAGAAACUGCUCGAACAGUCAGACCAGCUAGCGUCAAAGGGAGACCACAUGAGAGGAGCUGGCAGAGCUCAGUUAGGCCUGGUUUGGGUCAGCAGGGAUCACUGGACCUGAGCCCUGAAACAAACCUCUAUAGACGAUACUCCCACUUGGAUUUUUAAGAAUUAUCUAUUAUUCUUCCCAAGCCUACAAAAAGAUGCAAACUAUCAGGUCUUUGUUCAAUCCCAAGUGGUCGUCAGAUGUUCGUCUUGAGGGGAAGACGGCCAUAGUAACAGGGGCAAACACCGGAAUAGGCAAAGAAAUAGCCAAAGACUUAGCUGCUAGAGGUGCUAGAGUGAUUUUGGCGUGCCGAGACACAGCGAAAGGAGAGCAGGCGGCAUCUGACAUCAUGAGGGAAGUGAACGGAGCUAAAGUGGCCGUCAGGCAGCUGGAUCUGGCUGACACCAAGUCCAUAUGCCUGUUUGCCGAGAAUAUCUACAACACUGAGAAGACCCUGGACUACCUUGUCAACAAUGCAGGUGUUGCUAUCUGUCCGUAUGCAAGGACGAUGGAUGGGUAUGAGAUGCAGUUUGGAGUCAAUCACUUAGGUCAUUUCUUCCUGACUUUCCUGCUGCUGGACCUGCUGAAGCACUCUGCCCCGUCCCGGGUCAUCAACGUGUCGUCCGCAGUUCACGCCAUGGGCAAGAUCCAGUUUGAUGAUCUGAAUGGGGAUAAAGAUUACCAUCCCGUCAGAGCCUAUGCUCAGAGCAAGCUGGCUAACGUGCUGUUUACCAGGGAGCUUGCCAAAAGGACUGAGGCUCUUGGUGUGAUGGCUUUUUCUGUGGACCCUGGCAUGGUAAACACCGAAAUUACAAGGCACAUCAGGCGCCCUCUUGUGGACAUAGCUAAAAUCUUCAGUUUCUUGAUCCGAACCCCAGCAGAGGGAGCGUCCACCUCUAUCUACUGCAUCGUUACUCCAGAGAAUGAGCUGCUCACCGGUGGAUUCUACAGGAACUGUGCCAGAGCAGACAGCUGCAGGGCAGGAGAAGAUGAUGGCACCGCUCUGAAGCUGUGGGCCAUGAGCUGCCACCUGCUGGGCAUCCGCUGGAGAUAAACAAAUCUGACCGCACUGUGCAGCAACAUUAAUAUGCACUUCAGAAAUACCCUUUUCAUCUUGUGAGCAAAAUGUUAAAAUCCAUUGAACAUCAUCCAUGUCCCUGACAUGUUAUAAGACAACUUGGCCUACAAUCAAAUCACUGUUUAAGUUUGAGUCUUUAAAUCACAUCACUUAUAAAAGAUACACGAUUAGAUUAAAUGCGAGCUUAGUGAAGGGCGUAAUGGCCAGAAGAUGGGUAAAAUAAAAACUACUAUACUUGUG